UCAAAACUCAAAUUUGUAUUUGGGAUUAGCGGCAUUAUUAUGUUUUUAUUAAAAUUAAAGUAGGUUAAUAAAUUCUUAUAUUGAUGUAACACAAUUUAAUUGACAAAUCUACAAGAUGCCGUACGCCAAUCAACCAUCUGUUCACAUUACCGAACUUACCGACGAUAACGUAAAGUUUGUUGUUGAGGACACCGAACUGAGCGUCGCAAACAGCAUGCGAAGAGUUUUUAUUGCUGAGACACCGACAAUGGCUAUAGACUGGGUACAGUUGGAAGCCAACUCCACAGUUCUUAGCGACGAAUUCCUAGCGCAUCGCAUAGGACUCAUACCUCUCAUAUCAGACGACGUCGUCGAUAAAAUUCGAUACUCAAGAGAUUGUAUGUGCGCUGACUUUUGCUCCGAGUGCAGCGUUGAGUUCACUCUAGACGUUAAGUGUACAGGCGAUCAGACCAGACACGUCACAACAGCAGAUUUGAAGUCCAGCGACCCCCGAGUCGUUCCAGUGACGUCACGACACAGAGACGAAGAUCAGGCCGACUACGGAGAGUUAGAUGAAAUAUUAAUCAUCAAACUGCGAAAAGGUCAGGAGCUCAAGUUGCGUGCCUAUGCCAAGAAGGGUUUUGGCAAGGAACACGCAAAAUGGAAUCCAACAGCGGGUGUUUGUUUUGAAUAUGACCCUGAUAACAUAAUGAGACACACCCUAUUCCCAAAACCCGACGAGUGGCCUAAAAGUGAGCACACUGAACUAGAUGAGGAUCAAUAUGAGGCCGAGUUCAACUGGGAAGCCAAACCGAACAAGUUCUUUUAUAAUGUGGAGUCAUCGGGUGCUCUGAAGCCGGAGAAUAUUGUACUGAUGGGUAUAGUCGUGUUGAAAAAUAAGCUGCUCAACUUACAGAUGCAGCUCGCCCAGGAAGUACAAAAUGAUGCAUUAGCUAUUAAUUAAUUUAAGAUAAGUAUUAUACAAUAAAUAAGAUUUCA